AAUGUCUUCAACAUUAUCAUCUUUUUAAAAAUUGGGCUCAAGGACAGCAUCUCCGUUUGUUUCUUCGCUAUCUCCGGAGCCGAUCUGAUCUGCGUCAUGUUUCUGAUAUCGGCAGAGUGCUCCUUGCUCCUCUCAAAGUUCAUGUUUCAGCUAUGGCGUGUCGAGGGCGACACGCUGUCCUUGCUCAUUAUGUUCUACUACGGACCAGUUUACGACAUCUCCCAAGGGAUUACGACAUUCCUAGCGUUGCAGAAAUGCUGGUGCGUUGCGUCACCGUUCCGAUUUAAAAACAUAUUCACAAAGACCAGAACAGCCUUCGCUGUUGCGGGAAUUUGCAUGGUGGGUUUCUCGCUGUGUGUACCGAUAUUUGCCUCGCAAGGUCUGCAGGAAACAUUUGACCCGGCCAGUAAUGCAACCGUAUUUAAGCUUACCACGUCCCAAAAUAGGGCACACGUGAUGUCAUUCCGAAGCACUAUGGCUCUGGUCACCACGACAACGUGUCAAGCUACCGUCUCAGUCUGUUUGGUCAUCCUGGCAUCGAGUUUACGAGCGUCGUCCAAAUUUAGGAACGCCACCCAUAAUGGGCACUUAGAAAUUGGCUAUACAAAAACUGCAAUGACUAAGGGAAAACGUAUAUCCAAUGAGAUUUUGCAGACUUUUGUAAACCAAAUACAUUCUGUUUCGUCUGAUGGCCGCACAAUUAACAAUCGGAACCAAAGUAUUACGCCCGGAAGAAAUAAAAAGACUUACAUUACACCACCCCCACGUACAAAUGUCCACAGAAAGGAACUGAAGGCCAUCAAAUCAACUGCCAUCGUUUCGGUGAUAUUCUUGGUGUGCACCACGCCCAAGUUGCUGUUUUUCUACGCAAUGUUGUGUGAACCGGAAUUCAAUCUCUUGAGGCGUUACGAGAAUACCUAUUUCAUCGCCAAUACCAUUAGGUACACGUUUGAGGCUUUCAAUAUUUCGUGCAACGUGUUUGUGUACCUCGCGUUUAACAGGCGCUUCAGGGCUGCAAUGAAAGAGAUGUUU